CAUAGCACCGUAUUUUAAUUAGGACCUAUCAUUAUUAUUCAUUGCACUGUUCGUAACGUUGGCAGUGUUUUCGCAGUUCGGACCGCAAGGCUGACAGGACAGCUGAUUAUUGUUAAUCAGCUGUCAGUCGGCGUCGGAAGUGGACAUCAUAGAGAAACUUGAAUAUAAAUAUAGCCAUAGUGGACAUAUCCGCCGGAGUACAAUGAACUCUGAGUUUAUUUAACUUUAAACUGAUUGAUUACCAAUUAAAAAUGAAAGCUUUAAUUAUUCUAGUUGUAAAUUUAAUUGUGGUAUUUAGAAUUGUGGUAAGUUCGUCUUCCGUGUCGCGAUACGAUCACGGCGAGGUGAAGUUGUUCGAGACGCCGGUUUUGUACGACGUGGAGUCGACCCUGUUUCUCAACGACAUUUCCAGCACUGAGAAGGAAGUCAGCUAUAAAAUCAAGGCCCAGCUCGCAAUCCAGCCGCUAUGGAGAGACUCCAAUUCAGAAUUCCUAUUGAAACUGCAGUUGUUGGAGCCAAAGUUGCAUCUCCGUGGAAAACAUCCGAAUGCAAACUUCAUGGCACAUCCCUCAGUGUGGGACUCGCACCAAGAUUCUUCUUUCUAUGUGCACUGGAAGGAUGGACUCAUCCACAACUCAUAUCUUGAUUCAAAGGAGCUGCCAGAUAUUAUCAAUUACAAAAAAUCAUUAAUUAGUUUAUUUCAGUUGCAAAUUAUCGACGGGGAUUUUAAUGAGACUGACAUCUCGGGGCCCUGUAACAUUUUUUAUGAGUCAAUAUCACCAGAUGUAUUUAGAAAAAUAAAGCGGGACUGUGAAUGCGACUCGGGAUUUUCGCUGGGCAGGGCGCGGCGCGUGACUCGCUACACGCUGCAGGAUGGGUCACUGCACGCCGUGCACGCUGAAGAGCUGCUGGAGCUGGGGCACUCGGAGCUGGGCGUUAAGGCCCGUUCCUGGCACCGCCUGCAACGGUCCGCCUCGCCCGCGCCCGUAGCCGUGCCCGCAGCCUCCACGCUCGAGGAUGCGCUUGCCGCUGUACCCGCCACUCUCUCGCCUGCUUCCCUCGGUCUCGUUGAAACCGACACAAAUGAAGACCAACCUUCCCUGCCGGCGUUGGUGGAGCAGCACCGGGCGGCGCUGGGCGGUGAGGAGGCUGGUGGUGGCGGCGAGGCGGCGCAGGCGGCCGCCGUGCUGGACCUGCUGCCGGCCGUGAGGGCUGCUACCGUGCAACAGCUGCAGGCGCUGCUCGACGAUAAGGACAACUACCCGAUACUGGCGGGUUUGUGCCGCGUGCUGGGCCUGUCGGGCACGCGCGCGUCGAUAUCGGCGGCGACGUCGUUCCUGCAGCUGGAGGGGCGGGCGCCGCUGCAGCCGCUAGCUCGCGAGUUCCUAGCGGCGGCAGCGCUGGCACCGGUACCCGGCCGCGGCUCGGACGCGGAGCUCGCGCGGGUGGCGGGCGCCGCGCGGGACCCGGCCGUGGCCGCGGCCGCGCUGCGGGCCGCCGCAUGCCUGGCCGCCCGCCUGCCCGCGCCCGCCGCGGACAAUAUGCGCGACCUGCUGGUGAAAGGACUCGCCCGGUGCAAGGACGACGAAUGUCGCGCGGUGAAAGUGGGCGCGUUGGGCGAGCUGCGGCGCGCGGACACCGCCGACAUACUGCUGGAGCAGGCCCAGCGCGGCGCCCGGGACCUGGCGCUGGCCGCGCUCGAAGCGCUGCGCGCGCUGCACGCAGCGAGCGCCGACGCCGACGCUGCCACUCCCACGCUGCACCACGCGCGCCGCCAGCGCCUCAGGGACCUGGCGCUGCAGCCCGCGCGACCGCUAGAAGUGCGCGCCGCCGCACUAGACCUCCUGAUGAUAUCGAGCGCCAGCAGGCCGCUGCAGCUGGUCUCCGUGGGGGCGGAGCUGGUCCGCAACGGUCCUUCGGAGCUGGUGCGCCUGUACCGCGGCCGCCUGCACGCGCUGCACCUCAUGCAGCUGCAGCCCAACGACAACUGGGGAGCGCACGCACCCAGGGGAACGUCGUCGGUACUGACCCGCGACCUCGGGUGGGGCGCGGGGGAGUGGAGCGCCCGCCUGGAGUCCGUGCAGGUGGCGUCGGGCGGGGUGCUCCGCCGCGGGGUCGUCGACCUGGCCGCGGUGCGGGCUGCUGGUGAUGAUGCUGGCGCCGGGCGAGGGUGCGACCUGCUGGGCGUGGAGCUGUGGACGCGCGGCAUGCAGGGCAUCGUGGGCAAUGACGACAGCGCAGAACCUCACCUGGAUGAAGGGGAGGACGAGGAGGAGGCGGUAAUGGGCGGCAUAUCGCUGAGCGUGCUGGGCAGGCGGCUGCCGCCGCUGCGGCUGUUCUCGUCGCAGACGGAGCUGCUGGCCCACGUGUGGGGCGGGGCGGGCAGCGAGCCCACGCCCGUGCUGCGCUCCGUGGCCGCACUGCCGCCCACCGGGUGCCGCCUGCCGCUGCUGGUGGGCGCGAGGCUGGACCUGGACUGGCGCGCCGCCCUCGCGACGGGUAUAGACGCGCACGCGCAGGUGUCGCUGUGGUCCCGCAGCGCACUGGGUGCGGUCGCGGUACGAGCGGGGGUCGCGGGUCGGGUGGGGGCCCGAGUGCGGUCCGCGUGGGGCUCCCUGCGCGCCGGGGCCCGCGUGUGGCUGGAGCCGCGCCUCUACGUGCGCGCGCAUCUCGACUUCUAUGCGCGCGCGCAGCUCUGUCUGCGUCUCUACACGCGAUCACACGAUUACAGCCACGUGUCGGAGCUGCGGUCGCAGCUGGGCGGGCGCCAGCUGACAGUGUUCCGUCAGCGGAACACCACGCGACAUGUCCCCGGGAGGACCCUGCAUGUGGGCAGGAGGGCUCACGACGCGUGUGCCGCGCUACCCGCCGCCGACGAUGACGACGACGACCACUACUGAACAAUACUACCGUCCGCAAGCUAAAACGCGGCCAAAUGACAAAACCAACUUUUAAGAUAUGGUCAAAUUAUUAUUAUCAUCAUUUCCUGUUUUUUUCAAACUAAACUCAAAAGUGCCAAUGAUAGGAAGAGUGCCAAUGAUUGGGUAGUUUCCCCUUUUUUGUAACCAUUCACCACAUGACGGAUUUCUAGAUUUAAACUAUAAAAGAUGCGAAUGCUUAUUAACGACAGAUCAAUAGAGAAUUAAAAACUGUAAAAGAUGCAAUUUAAGACUGAAAAAUCGACCGCAUGCCACUUAGCCGCACUUUAGUUUGAGGACGGCAGAAUAGGCAGGCAGACUCAGUGACGGCCGUGAACUUAGCAACACUUUACGGAAUGUAGGACAUGACGAUGUCAAACAAUUAGAAAUGCGCUAAAAAGUGGUUCCACUUAAACUGCGAUCGAGUAGGUGGGGCCAAAAAACUGCGAUGAACACGCCAAUCAUGAGAUUAAUUGGAAUUUCCUUUUAACAUCAUUUUAUCGAAUGAAUGUAUAGCCGAAUUCAUUUGCAGAUAUUUGAAUUUAUCAAAGUAUUUUGUUUUACCUGUGUGCGUGUUUGUAUUGAAGUUUAGCUGUAUAAAUUUGGAGCUAUAUUUAGCGGCCUUUGUAAAAUAGUAAUUCUAUCAUAUAACAUCUUAUCUGUUGGAUAAUGUAGACGCUUAAGAUGUCACUAUAGAUAAGGAGCGUUUCCUUUCUAACUAUAAAUACAAAAAAAAGGUAAAAGAUCCGAAGCGGUCUGGAGAUCCAUACUUCGUAUAUAUAGAUGUUUUUUUCUCUCCUAAACAGUUGUCCGUUUGAUGAUACAGCAAACGAGAGUUAUACAUGUACAUCAUAAACAUAAGGAAUAAAUUAAGAAAUACUCUUGAAAUUGACAACUCCCUAUAAAAAGUGAAAACAGUAGUGCACUAAAUGGAUACACGACAUAUUGGCCGCACGAUCGGUCGCCUCUCUCGCACUCAUCUACCCACUUUUUUUGUAUUCAGGCAAGGAACGUAGACGCACACGGGAAUUGACUUAAACUUUGCACUUAGUGCUGCUCGCUGCUAACUUCACGACCGUCACAAAAGAUCGCACUAUGGUCACCAAACCACUAACGAUACCUCCCAUCGCGACCUCUUUACUGAACUACCAAUACCUAAACCAUACCGUAGACUUCUUUCAUGUAGACUGAAACUGGUUAAAAUAAUAAAUAAUUAAAACACACGUAAAACAAAAGAAAUACUUUGCACCUAUAAAUCUUCUUAGACAAACUAGUUUUCACACUAAAUUAGAUAUCCCAGGAAAUUACUUUUGGGAAUGGUCAUUAUGAAAAGAGAUCGCGUUGGGAAGUAUUCCUUUGAGGAACUGGUGAUUGUGGUCGAAGAGGUGCUGGACCAAUAGAGUCUUCGUAUGAUGACUGCAGCACCUCAGGGGCAGUCUUACAGACGCCCGCCGCCAAAGCUCCACGCCAAAAAACAAUUGUAUGUAUGUAAAACGAUGAAAUUAUUAAUGAGUCUCAAAUAAAUUAUUAUUUUGUACU